UUUAUUUCUCCUCUUUAAUCUGUUCAUUCUCUCUCUCUCGCUUUCUCUCUCUCUCUCUCUCUCUCUCUCUCUCUCCCCUGCAUUCUCCUUCUUCUCUUCUGUUGAACAGUGAAGAUGCCCAGUCAGAGGAAGAAGAGACAGCGGCGUAUAAGGAGGCUGAGACAGGGGAGAGUUCUGGAGGAUCCGUGUGUAGUUACUGGAAAAAGAAACUCAGGAGUUUGUCGUGUUUCUGCUCCAAAUCGUGAGAGACUCAGAGCAGCUCAGAGGAAAGCUCAAGCAGAAGUUUCAGAAGUGACCUCUGAUUCUGAAGCGCAUGCUUCUCCUGACGCCAAAGUGACAGAAACCACAGAAGUCGGAACUGCAACAAAAGUUCAUGCUCCAGAAAUAAAAGCUCCAGAAAUUUCCAUUCCAGAAGAGAAUAAAAGACCAGAAAUUUCAGCUCCAGAAAAAACUAAAGAAGCUGCAGAUGAAUUUAGAGCUCCAGAAUAUGUUAGAAGCCCAGAAGAAGUUAGAGCUCCAGAAGAAGUCUGCUUUGCAGAAGUCUGCUCUACAGAGAAGGUUGGAGCUUUGGAAGAAGAUAUCGAAGAUAUUAAAGACGAUAACAAAGUUGCAGAAUUACCCAAAGUUUCAGAGCACCUGAGAGAUAUUGCAACUUUAGAAAACACGUCAGCAGAAACUCCAGACAUGAUGACAGCACCAAAAAUGGAAUUGGAAUUGAUGCCAGUUCCAAAGAAAGCAGCAGCUCAGAAAAUGUCCACUUUAGAAGCAACAGCAGGACCAGUUCCAUGCUCAGAAGUUUCAGUACCAGAAAUAGAAGCUUUAGGAACAAAAAACCCAAAUGUAUCAUCACUAGAAGCUCUAGAUGUGACACCAUCAAAACCCCAGGAAGUGACUUCAAGUCUAGAACCUCUGGUGUCUCCACAUUCUCCACCAGAAUUAGUACCAGCUCUAAAAGUGACCGAGUCACCAAAGUUUGCUACUGGUGAAGGAAAAAUGGAGGCCACGGAAAUGGUACCUCUAAAAGUGACAGCAGACCCAGACAUCACAGUUCUGGAAAUAGUUAAAGGACCAGAAGAUGUAAAUGUAGGUUUAAUAUCAAAUCAAAAUGUGGAACCUUUAGUUAGAACCAAAGUUCUUGACAUGAUGGAACCACAAAUGUCUUGUUCAGAAAUAAAACCACCAACGGUUUCAGCUUGUGAUGAUCUGGAUGUGACCGAACCAGACGUGAUCUUGGCUCCAGAAGUUGCAGCUCAGGAGAUGAAAGAUGAAGUUCUGUGUGAAGGUUCUGUGAAGGUUCCUUUAGAAUAAACUGCAGUUCAGAAGAACAUCAGCAGCAAUGCAGAAGCACAGAUAAAGCUGCAGGUCUGAUGAAGAGAAGCAGCAUGAUGACAUCAUCUUCAGUGUCGGCCAAUUAAACACAGGCUGCGCUCCAUCCCAAAGUUCCACACUGAGUGCUGAUUCAUUUUAUUACACCAAGGCUUUACCCACAUCUUUACACUGAGGCCCACACACACCUGCUCAAUGAGGCUCCACCCACACCUGCACAAUGAGGCUCCAUCCACACCUGCUCAAUGAGGCUCCACCCACGCCUGCACAAUGAGGCUCCACCCACACCUGCACAAUGAAGCUCCAUCCACACCUGCUCAAUGAGGCUCCACCCACACCUGCUCAAUUAGGCUCCACCCAC